AGAACGGAACGGCGAGCACGUUGUUGCUUGCUGUAAUGGCGUGGUUGUCGGCAGAGAGCGGCGGGGAGCCUUCAAGAAGAAUAAUAGGGACGAUCAAAUCCUCCAGACCUCGCCUUGGAAAUCCCUACUUAUGCUGCUAAUUUGGCUCAAGCGACAAUCGCCAUUGGCGAUGCCGAAUCGGAUUUUUCAUAUCUGCCUAGAAAUCCUCUGUUUGAAAAUAUAAGAAGAGCUACACCCCGUGCUUCGGACAGAGCAGGCUACAGUUUAUUCCAUUGUCUCGUAACCGAUCCUGAUCGCAGCAAUGCCGUUGGACGCUCUUUUCAGAGGCUGGCGCUUGCAUCCGCAUAGCACUCGCGCCCCUUACGAGGCAAAUAAUGAGAAACUCAUGGAUCGCUUUCUGGAUGUGAUUCACCGCAAUUGGCACCUGGGGUUUACCUCAUUUGGUGGACCCCCAGUGCAUUUCAGAAUUUUCUACCAGAAAUUUGUUGAAGGCCGAGGAGAGAAAACGCCCUGGAUCGACGAGCAAACGUAUCAAGAACUAUUUGCUGUAUGUCAGGCGUUACCAGGCCCUGGCAGCACAAAGAUGUUAUUCUGCAUCUCUUUAAUCCAUGCUGGCUUUCUACCAGCUCUUCUUGUCUUCUUGAUUUGGAGCCUCCCUGGUGCAAUCGGAAUGUAUGGGCUUUCCCUUGGAGUCCAACAGAUAGAUGAGGUGCUUCCUGAUAUUGUAUAUGCUUUUCUCUCUGGCCUAAAUGCGUCCACUGUUGGGAUAAUCACCCUCGCGGCUGUACAGCUGGCGGAGAAAGCAAUCAAAGAUCCGUUAACAAGGAUUCUCGUUAUCAUGGGCGGGUGUGCUGGCCUUUGUUACAAUGCACUUUGGUAUUUUCCAGUGCUUAUUAUAAUCGGAGGAAUAUCCACUGUUGCAUGGGACCUCGUUGGCCGCCAGAAUAUCGCCAAAAUGAGAAGAAAACUUCGUCGAAACUCAGACCCUCAGCGAGAGGUCGAAGAAAGCAGUGGACAGUCAACCACUUUACGUGAGCUGCCACGUCCUACAGGUGGGGUGCAGAAACGAUCUGGUAUUGCAAGUAAUACCAAUUCAUCCAAUACACCUGUUGGUUUUUACGCUGUAGGUGAGCAGGAAACAAACCGAAUUGCGAGUAUAGAUACACGUUCGCACAAGAUUCCUACCAAAUGGGGAAUUUUAAUUAUUGUUGGCUUUUUUGCUACCUUUGUCGCUAUCCUUGUUGCACGUGGAGUUGUCAAUAAACCCCCACUGGAAUUGGAUCUAUUUGCAAGCAUGUACCUUGCGGGAACUAUUAUCUUUGGAGGUGGCCCCGUUGUCAUCCCCCUACUCCGCGAAUACGUCGUUGAGCCUGGCUGGGUGUCUCCUCGAGAUUUCUUGAUCGGCCUCGCCAUUAUUCAAGCCUUCCCAGGACCAAAUUUUAACUUUGCUGUUUACCUGGGUGCUUUAGCCUUGGUGCCUUCCACGAAUCCCACUAUUCUAGGCGCAUUUUUAGGGUUCCUAGGCAUCUUCUUUCCUGGUACCACACUGGCAGUGGGCUUCCAGAGCAUUUGGAGAAGCAUUCGAAGCAGCCCUUUCAUUACAAGUCUGUUGCGAGGUAUCAAUGCUACAGCGGUCGGGUUAGUCUUCACAGCUGUAUAUCGGCUCUGGGAAAUUGGGUAUCUGAGCGCCGACUCCAUAUCGGGACAAAGUUUGGGAAAGGAGCCAUUCUGGUUGGUCGUAGCCGCUCUAUCCUACGCUGGAAAUGCUUGGUUCAAGGUUCCUCCUGCCGUUGCUAUUUUUGUAGGUGGUAUUUUGGGCUUGUGUUGGUAUGGUGCUGUGGGACGAUAAUAAGAUGAACGGCUCCUAGAAGAUUUUGACAGAAGUUACGGUGUUUCUGUGUGGGCUACCCAAGUGAUGGCGAUUUUCAUCAUUUUUGUAAUCUCCCAUACACUGUGAUUUACAGCAUAUACACAUUUUCCCCUUCCCAGAUGUGAUUUGCAUGUAAGGUCAUCUGAUGUAUGAUGUGAAUUCAGCAAUUUGGCCCAGAAAAUCUUGUGCAAUCAUGAUACUCUCUCUCAUCUUUGGUUCCAAUUUGGGUUGGACGACCUUGGGAAUAAACUAAUGAAAAGACAGCUUUAGUUUAUUUCUUUUUUCACACAAAUUAUAAUUAUUUAUUUUUAUUGCCAAAUAAGUCUCCAUACCUAUGAACAAAUAGUUCUGUGAAGAUUGUUCUCAAUGGAUCAGGUUACUCUGCCCCUUUUUCAUGGGCUGGUCGCACUUUACAGUAAAGGCAGCAGGAAUUGUGACAAGUCAAAGAGUCAAAUACCGGUUUAUCUAGCUCAAAAAGGAAUGAGCUUGGAUGAACCUCCAAGUCCCUAUAUAGCUAAAUUGCACCAUCAUCACAAUAUCCUUUUCUA